CGGCGCACGACAAACAAUUGAACCAAAAUGUGAGAGAAUUUUUUUUCAACUGUUCGCGUUUUUUUACUAAAUUUUUCACGUGAAAAUGGGUAGAAAAAAUAAAUGCAAACCGCGGAUGAUUCCCCAACAGGAUAAAAGGAUCUGCGGAUGUAUUUGUUUUUGUCAGUUAGUAGUCGUUUUGAGUUGUGUGUCGUUAAUUUAUCUAACCGUAGCUAUUUAUAUGCCUUCAUACCGGGCAUUUAAGAGCGGUUUUGAAGAAAAACCUAUUAUGUGCCAAACUAUUAACACUAGCAUGAUAAAUAAUUGUAGCUGGGCGUCAUGUGGAGAAUGGUGUCUUACUAGAACAUCAGGAUUUUGCCCCCAAAUUCAUGCAACAGCGCGACAAAACGGUUCCAUCGUUACUUUUCUAAAUUGUACGUCUUUCAAUAGUUCUACCUGCCCUCCAAUUAAUUGGAACUCCCUUAAAAGAUAUAAUUGUAACAACGGUACUGAAUGUGCAAUUCUAAAAGGAAUAUUUAACUGUUCCCUAGGGCAUUGCUCAAAUCUAUCACAAAUCUACGAUUUUGAUGAUUGUCAUUUUAAAGCUGACGGAUUUACAGUAGAUAGUGAUAAAGAUAAUGCAAAACUCAAUGGCAACUUUCUAUGCAAAGGAUCUAAAUGCGUUAAAAUCAAAAAACCAUUCAGUUGCGAUCGCAUUUGCAAGGAUAAAAUUAGUACCGAAUUGAAAAAUGUUUUUAUAACAGUCGGAGAUAGUAUUCAUCAAGCUUAUUGUGAUUCUGCAAUCGCUUCCACUAAGGCAAAUGGGAAAUUAGACGGUGAGGAUAUUGAACCUACGCAAUUUUGGAGCAAACAACCCGAUGAGGUUAUGAUGGUAUCUUGUCAUAAUGUAAAUUAUGACAAAAAAAAUUCUACAAUAGAAGGCACCGAUUGCAUCAACGGGACCAUAUUCAAUUACGAAGCUAUCCCCCGCUCACGCGGAUCAUUCAAACAAUUUUGGAAUUUAACAGGGAGACAUAACCACGUAGUCGAUCCAAAAAAUGAAUUCGUUCCAUCUCAGGCGUCAUUGACGAUUUACAACCACUCCAGGCUCUACAUAAAUCUAGAUGGUUGUGUUAACACUUUAAGGGGAGAAUGUUUCAAUUUUAUGCUAUCCCAUGGACGAGAUGGCAAGAAUCGGACUGCGGCUAGUAGAUAUAUCUGUUACUACAAUAAGAAUAAUUCAUUCAUGGUUGUUGCUCGUCACGAUUUGAAAAAGACAUGGAGAGAUCUAAUAAUAGCUGUGAGUAUACCUUCGCUACUUUUUGCAGUAUCAUUUAUCACUCUUUGUGCCAUAAUGCAAUCAGUAAGAGUUGAUGAUGAUACCAAAAUGAGAUGCAAAUACUGCUUUGGUAGUUCAAGGAACGAUAAUAACGAUCUGACGGAAAUGAUUAAUAGAUAUGAAAUUUCUUCCCCUGAAUCUGAUGGGCCAAGUUUUCAUCGAAGGAAUCAAGAAGCAUAAAUUUAUUUUCAGACAACUAUAUUUCUUUCUUUCAAGAAAGUUAUUUUCGUGAAAAAGUCUCACAAGUUUUGGAUGAACUAACCGUAAAAGAAUUUAUUUUUUUAAGCUCAAACAAGGAAUAUCUUUAACUUUUAUACUUUUCAAUUGCAC